UUUUUAUAGAGAAAUAAACUUUUAAGGUAGUAAAUAAAAAAAAUAAUAAAAAAAAAAAAUCAAACCGCAAUCUCUAUCUUUUUAAAAGUUUAACUAAAUGCUUAUGAAUAGUCUUAUACCAAUUAUAUUUCUAAAAAUGUCUAUUUAUUUAUAUACCCUCAUUUAUGCAUACGAAUCAUAUGUAUGGUAUUUUUAUUUUUAUUUUUUUUACCGGUGUAGUUUUUUGGCUUUUCUUCCUUAUCUUUUAAACAGUUUGAUAUAACUCUUAUAAUUAGUGUUUAGACAAUUAUAUACCCUUUAGGGGGCGUUUGGUUCGCGGAAUAUAGGUAUGAGGUAUGGGUUUAGAAGGACUAAAACCCAUACCUUAUGUUUGGUUGUCAAAAGUAUGAUUUUCAAACCCAUACCUCAAACCCAUGAGGUAUGGGGUUUAGAAACCUUGGGGGGGAGGUGGGUUUGGCCCAUUCCAUUCCCCUAGGUAUCAAAUAUAAGGAGGGAAGAAUGAAGGAAACAGGAAAAUUACCGCCAAAGUCCAUCUUCUCUUCUGUCGUCAUAUUCAUCCUUCACCCUUGAGCUGUUGAGCAGCAAUAGUUCAGCCUUCAUCCAGAAAUGGAGUCAUGUGGACUAUCCUUGUUAAGGAGGAAGAGAAAGCGACAAACAGAACUACUUGUAUCUUUAAUAGUUAUAAUAAAUUUCAUGAUUCUCAUGUAUUUCGUGCUACGUAGUUUAGGUGUAACUCUACAUAAAAUACACCGAAUUAGAGAUAAGAAACGUAAUAUAUUAGUUAAUUUAAACUCGUUGAUUAGAGAUAGUGAUGUUGCCUGUAGGAGUGAACUGCGUAUGAACAGACAUACUUUUGGUGUACUUUGUGAGAUGAUAAGCGAUAUUGGUGGAUUGAGAGGGACUAGAAAUAUGAGCUUACAGGAGAUUGUAGCUAUGUUUUUGUAUACAUUAUCUCAUCAUAAAAAGAAUAGGUCGAUAGGACAUUACUUUUAUAGGAGUGGAGAAAGUGUUAGUAGACAAUUUAACCUUUGUCUCCUUGCGGUUCUAAAGCUACAUCAUCACUUGCUCAAAAAACCUACACCUAUUACAGAAGAUUGCGAGGAUAGUAGAUGGAAAUGCUUCCAGAAUUGCUUAGGAGCUCUAGAUGGUACAUUUAUUAAAGUUCAUGUUCCAAAUGAGGAUAAAGGAAGGUAUCAAACAAGGAAAGGAAACCUUGCAAUGAAUGUUUUAGGUGUUUGUACACCUAACAUGGAAUUUGUUUUUGUCUUACCUGGAUGGGAAGGCUCUGCACAUGAUGGUCGUGUUUUACGAGAUGCAAUUUCGAGGCCUAAUGGUUUAAAGGUGCCUCAAGGUUGUUACUUUUUGGUAGAUGCUGGCUACACUAAUUGUGAUGGGUUUCUUGCACCAUAUAGAGGGCAUCGUUAUCACUUGAAAGAAUGGGGGGAUCAAGUACCUGUAAGUGCUGAGGAGUACUUCAACAUGAAACAUUCUAAAGCUAGGAAUGUAAUUGAGAGAACUUUUGGUUUGUUGAAGGGAAGGUGGGCAAUUCUUAGAAGCCCUUCUUUUUUUUCAACUCGCACACAAGGUCGCAUUGUUACAGCAUGUGCUUUAUUACACAAUCUAAUUCGAAAGCACAUGCCCACAAAUUUUGAGGUUGAUGAGUCAUCAGAUGAGAGUGAGAAUGAGGAUAUUGGUGAUAAUGUUGAAUACAUUACUCAAGUUCAACCAUCAAAUGCUUGGAUCGACUUUAGGAAUAAUUUAGCGCAAACUUUAUUUAAUGCUUGGAGAGCUAGGAAAAAUAACGAAACAUGUUUUUUUUUAAUGAAUAAUGACUCUCUUUAGUCUUGUCCUUGUGUUUGGUGUUUUGUGAAACGAUCUUUGUAUUUUAUGAUUUUUUGUUUCU